GUGGAAAAAGAGGGCGGAGUAGCAGUUUGGUAUAAAACCCUGUCCCUCCAAUCUCAUCCCAUCUCUUAACAAGAAACAAGAAGUAAAGACAGUUUAGUACUAAUUUCGAGGUGAAUUGUUUAUGGAAAUAGUCACAUUCAGUACUCUCUGACUGAAGUCAAAUUGUUUUAAUUAGUUGAUCAAGUUUGAAAUAUAUUCUGAUCAAGAACAAGUGUGUUUUGCCAAACAUUUUGUUGCUUUUAGGCUAGUCUAUAACUUUCCACAGGAGAAAAAAAUCAAAGCGACAAUUUUUUUACCUGUUUAUUUUUGGGACCAGAACUAAAUAAUGUGUUCAAGCAGCGAGCCUCUGGAGAUAACUGGUAUUGAGUUGGCCCACAUCCUCAGAACUCCCCGGGACCAGUUCACCUCAGGCGGCUGUGUACUGCUGGACUGUCGGCCUUUCCUUGCCUUCUCCAGGACUCACAUCUCUGAGUCCCGCAAUGUCAACUGGAACUCAAUGCUCCGGCGUCGGUCCAAGAGCUCCGUUGUUUGUUUGGAGUGGUUGGUCGCGGACAAGGACCUCCUUGGUCGGCUGUGCAGGGGGGAUUUCUCGCCAAUGGUGGUGCUUGAUGAGAGUAGCCUUUCUAUGGCCGAACUGAAAGGGGAGAGCUUGGCCAGUAUGCUGCUGAACGCUUUACAAGCCGAUGUCCAAUCCAGCUCAGCACAGAUCUGCUUUCUAAAAGGUGGCUUUGAGGGGUUCCAUGAAGAAUAUCCAGAAGUCUGUUUCAACUCCCCAGGCUUGCUGGGACACAGCCCUGCAAUGAUGGACCCAGAGCCUAGCGUGACAGGGCGGAAAACACCACCCUAUGAUCAGGAGGGUCCAGUGGAGCUCCUCCCCUUCCUGUUCCUGGGCAGUGCAGUUCAUUCCUCAAGGCGCGAAAAUCUCACUGCAGCGGGGAUCACGGCAGUGCUCAACGUGUCCUCCUCCAGCCCCAACCUGUAUGAAGAGGACCUAAAAUACAUGAGACUCACUGUAGAGGACAGCCUGGCUGCAGACAUCGCAGCCCGCUUCCCUGAGGCCAUCGCCUUCAUAGACUCGGUGAAGGAGAGUGGUGGUCGUGUGCUGGUGCACUGCCAGGCCGGCAUCUCUCGCUCGGCCACUAUCUGUCUGGCCUACCUCAUCCACGCCCGCCGCGUCCGAUUGGACGAGGCUUUCGACUUCGUGAAGCAGCGACGCCAGGUCAUCUCUCCUAACCUGGCCUUCAUGGGACAGCUGCUGCAGUUUGAGACCGACGUUCUGUGUCACUGACCCCAUCAUUAGCCAUAUAUUUAUAUAUACGCUUUGCCACUAACAAGACUAGCAGAAAUAUAUUUCUGAGGAAGACUCAAGAGAAAUGUACUGUAUAUAUGCACUUCCACUAGGUGGAUUAGUCCAAAAUGUUGGACUAAAGUCCACCUAAUCCACUUGGACUGUGAGGAAGAAACUUGAUCGAUUUCACACGUUUUUAUGUGUCUCUGCGUGGCCACAGCCUCAUAACUGCUCAGAGAAAUGUUUACCAACUCUGCCACUGGCUGGGCUGUAUCUGAGAGAAACCCACAGAGACCGUACAUGGUGAGAGAAAUGUAUAUCUGCUGUACUGCUGGCAGGAGAUAUAUAUAUGUGUGUGUGUGUUUGCCUUUUUGGACAUUUUGCAAGGGCUGACAUAAAGGCCUAUACUGUGUGAUAAACCCCAGCAAGCUGUUGGGUACCAGAGUAAUAACUACUGUCUGUAAAGCUAAAUGUGAAUAAUUUGUAUCUUGAUCAGGUGAUUUAAUGUAUUAAGGGAAAUACAUCAAUACAAUCAAUUUCCUAACACCAGUGCAAAUCUGAAACAAGCUCAUCCUUAUCAAAUCAUAGGUGUUGGCUGUAGCUUGUAGGUCUGCUCUGGGCAAUACAUCAAUACAAUCAAUUUCCUAACACCAGUGCAAAUCUGAAACAAGCUCAUCCUUAUCAAAUCAUAGGUGUUGGCUGAAGCUUGUAGGUCUGCUCUGGGCAAAGGGAAGAAGCCAUCUCAAUCCUUAUGGUGUUUUUAUAAAACUUUAAUUUUUAAUUUUAUUAUGGUUUUGACAGUAUUGUGAUUUACACUGUCGGUUACUGCACUUUAUUUGCCAAUGUGGAGGCAGAUUCCUGCUGUUUUUUUCACAUAGAUUAAAUACUUUAUAAACUGGAAAACACAUGUUUGUCUAUGUAUGUUUAUAUAAUGAUGCCCUGUAUACAUACAGUGCCUUAAAGUAUUCACACCCCUUGACUUUUCCUACAUUUUGUGGAGUUACAGCUUGAAUAUAAAGUGGAUUACAUUGAGAUUUUGUGUCACUGGCAUACACACUGUAGGAGCCAAAUAUGUCAUAUUGUAUAUCGGCAUGUUUCCAAUUCAAUGCAUUUCUGUUGUAUGUGUGUUUGCUGUUAAUCCCCUGUCAAGUGUGUGUACCCCCUCUACAGGCCAAUGGAGGAAGUUAGAAGGCAUACAUGCUCCAAGGCCUACUGGGAGUGACUGGAAUGGCUGCACAGUCUUUUGACCAUGCCAGACCAUGUUUAUCAUGCUGUUUGUUCCUUUAGUUUAAUGAUCAGAAUUAGUUUUGGUAGAAUUCAAUGCAUUUUUGUAUCCAGGACAACGACAAAUAAAUGUAUUAUUUUUCAA